CAAACAACAGUCACAAAGUUCAUUUUACUUGGUUUCCAAAUCUAUGAACCUUUCCAUAUAUUGCUCUUUACUUUAUUCCUGUUGACAUAUGUGAUAACCCUCACCGGUGAUUUUCUCAUAGUGAUUCUGGUGACAAGAAGCCAUCGUCUCCAAUAUCCUAUGUUCUAUUUCCUCAAGCACCUCUCAGUUUCGGAAAUCUUAUUCACCUCUAAUAUCACCCCCAAUAUGUUGCAUAUCAUUUUGAGACAUGGUGGCUCCAUGCCGUUUGCUGGUUGUAUCAUUCAGUUCUACAUUUACAUAGCCUCGGGGAGCUUAGAGUCUCUUCUUCUCACUGUUAUGUCAUAUGAUCGAUAUCUGGCCAUAUGUAACCCAUUACGCUAUGCUGACAUGAUGAACCUCCAGUUUUGUCGGACCCUCGUCUUAGCCUCCUGGUUAUUGAGCUUCACACUUGUUUUAAUAACUGUUACUCUUUUAUGUCAACUGAGCUUCUGUGGCCCCAAUAUCAUUGACCAUUUCUUCUGUGACUUUGCUCCUCUUGUGGAUCUUUCCUGCUCAGAUACAUAUGUCAUCAGGUUGGAGGUUGUGGCCCUCUCUGUUCCUAUAGUGGCCUCUACGUUUUCUUUUAUUCUAUGGACAUAUAUUUACAUUUCCAUCACCAUCCUCCAUAUUCAAUCCACCACUGGGAGACGGAAAGUCUUCUCCACCUGCAGCUCCCAUUUGGCAUCCGUAUGCUCGUAUUAUGGUCCACUCAUUGUGAUAUACAUGGUACCAUAUAAAAGGCAUUCCAUCAAUGUGAACAAGUUUUUAUCAGUUCUCUACACUGUAUUUACACCAUUCUUUAACCCUCUAAUAUACAGCCUAAGGAAUGAAGAACUUCAACAUGUUCUUUGGAGGCUACUGAACAUUGAACAUAUAUAG